GGUUGUCCUGAAGAGCUCAGUGACUUCAAGUAUGGUACUGUGAUAGAUGCAACCUUUCAGCAUGAGUCUGGUUCUGCUCAAGUUUUCUUUGCCAGUAUAAUUUUGCUAAAUAUUGCUUGCAUGUGGAUUAAAGGUAGGGAAGCACAACACUGGAGCUUGCAAAUGUCCUCAUGCCAAUAUAACCGCACAUGGUCUGCUUAAAAACGUAAUGCUUCCUGUUAUAAGGCACAGAAGCGAUCAAACCAACCCCCGAGCUGAAGGCACUUUGAUUGGUUUAAAGAGUCUCACACCCCUGUGGCUUCCCCCCUAUCUACAGUCCAGAGUCCACUUUUGAACUCGAGGACUACGCUCACCUAUUCCACUCAGCUCCCAGUCCCACGGCUGACAGCAAAAUGUCUGACAGGGGAGCCUUUGACACCAACGUCCAGACCCUCACCAGGUUUGUUCUGGAGGAGGGCAGGAAGGCCCACGGCACGGGAGAGCUGACCAACCUGCUCAACUCCAUCUGCACCGCUGUCAAAGCUAUCUCCACCGCUGUCAGGAAGGCUGGGAUCGCUAACCUCUAUGGCAUCGCAGGAAGCACCAACGUGACAGGAGACCAGGUGAAGAAGCUGGACGUCCUGUCCAACGAUCUGGUCAUCAACAUGAUCAAGUCAUCCUUCACCUCCUGUGUGCUGGUGUCAGAGGAAGAUGAGAAGGCCAUCAUCGUGGAUCCAGAUCAGAGGGGAAAAUACAUCGUGUGCUUUGACCCUCUGGACGGCUCAUCAAACAUCGACUGUCUCGUCUCCAUCGGAACAAUCUUUGCCAUCUACAAAAAGACCUCAGAUGACGAGCCGGUGGAGGCCGACGCUCUGCAGCCAGGAAGAAACAUCGUAGCAGCGGGUUACGCUCUGUACGGCAGCGCCACCAUGAUGGUUCUGUCCACGGGUCAGGGAGUCAACUGCUUCAUGCUCGACCCUUCUAUCGGUGAGUUCAUCCUGGUGGACAGAGAUGUAAAGAUUAAGAAAAAGGGAAAAAUCUACAGUUUAAAUGAAGGAUAUGCACAGCAUUUUUACCCAGAUGUGACAGAAUAUCUGCAGAAGAAGAAAUACCCAGAGGACGGUUCUGCUCCAUAUGGCAGUCGAUAUGUUGGUUCUAUGGUAGCUGAUGUUCAUCGUACUUUGGUGUACGGAGGAAUCUUUUUAUAUCCUGCUAAUGUCAAGAGUCCAAAGGGAAAGCUGAGGUUGUUGUACGAAUGCAACCCCAUGGCGUUCAUCAUGGAGCAGGCGGGAGGCAUGGCCACGACAGGUGCCAUGAAUGUUCUGGACAUCCAGCCCACAUCCAUCCACCAGAGAGUCCCCGUGGUGCUGGGGUCACCUGAUGAUGUGCAGGAGUAUCUGAACAUCUGGAAGAAACAUAACAAAUGAGCAAAGUAAAGAUGCUCAAUCAGGAUGUUCCUUGCUGAAUGUCUCCUCUCAUUCACUUGACUGCUUCUGUGAAGGAACCAAGCUGGACCUACUGCGUCUGCCUUACACCAUGCUGAUCACAUCUUGGUGCUCUAAGUAUUAUUUGUUGAAACAAACUGUAUAUUUUUUAAAUAAACACAUAAAAAUGA